AGUCCUUGUCUGGCGAAGCCCUGCCGGGAAGCGUGUUGGGGUUCCUGUGUUUUCUGGUAUUGCUUGUCAAGUAUCUGUACGCUGUUGCUUGUGGGAUUCAAGUUGACCAUGGUCAAGCAAGUGUUUACACUUACUGUUCGGAAAUUGGAUGGUGCAAUUCCUGACUAUACGGCUUUCUGCAACAUGGUGGAGAAGGGGCUUUGUGGUGAUGUCAAAGAUAUCGUCCAGGUCUCUAAGCGUGGUGAUGAGUACUUGGUUUCUUACAAGACACCGGAGGUUAUGAUGCGUGCCGCGAAGACAACUUGCAGGAGAACGGAGAAAGGGGAUUUUUAUCUGGAUCCGGUGGAGAGAAGGGGAACAUAUAUUAAGGUGUAUGAUCUUCCCUUUGAACUGUCUGAUACUGAAGUGGAUGAAUUUUUCUCGGAGUUUGGAGAGGUGGCUGCGAUUGGCAGGGACAAGUUCCCUGGGCGCCCAUUUUACAAUGGCACACGAACUGUACGGAUUUUCCUAGACGACGAUGUGGUCAUCCCUGACCGUCCAACUAUAGUGGGACACGAGUGCAAGGUGAUCAAUACCAGCAUCCCGUUUUGUUCAAUGUGUAAGAAGAAUGGGCACACGAGGCGCGACUGCCCGGAGAAGACGUGCCACAACUGUGGAGAGUGGGGUCAUUUUUCUAAGCGUUGCCCAGAGGCGAAAUGUAACCGAUGUCAUGGAUUGGGACAUUGGGCCCGUCAGUGCAGAGAGGGUCUCGAGGAUAGAAGCAAGGAAGUUGGAAGUACGAUAGUGCGGGGUCCAGCGAAGCCAACCUACGCGGUGGCGGCUGCUGGGGCGUCAAAGCAGAAGACUGGUAAAAGUAAGAGUGGUGCUGACAAGAGUGCGGGGGCGGUUUCGGUUCCGGGGGCGGCUUCUCUUCCCAGGGCACCCCUGGCACCACCGCGGGUUACGAGGUCGUGGUCUGAAAUUGUUGAUGAGGGUGAACAGGGAGGUGCCGGUGGUGUUGUCAAGCGCCGUCCGGAUCAGCCCCUCCCGACGAUCAAUCGGAAUGAUGUUCGAAAUGAUGAAAGCCAUAUGGAUGUUUCCCAACCGACGGAUUCUCAGCUUCUCCUUCGGGAAUAUGAAAGCUAUGAAAAGCAGUUGCAAUCUGAUGUUCAAGAUAAGGGUGGUUCGGUAACCUGAGCGUAUAUAAUAUGGAACUUUGAUUUGUGUUUGAAGACUUUUGUCAUGGACGUUAAGUUUAAGCUAGUUGAAUACGAACAUUGUUUCCUAGUUUAAGUCAUUGGAUUAUGAACACUCAUAAGGUAUCGCUUUAAUUAGAUUGUGUCCGAGUUGGAUCAGCAAUGUUACUGUUUAAUACAUCACGUUUGAUUAGGUCUUAAGUGUCUUCACUAAAAGUGAGCAGUUUCCUUUAGUUUUAAUAGUUAGAUAUCCGUUUGACAUUUAUUGGUUAACGUUCUUGUCAAUUUAUCAGCUUUUAUGUAGCUUUUGGUUACCACUUGAGCAGUUGAUAAGCUCAUUAAUUAGGGUUUCGCUUUUCAUGCACUGACUUCAGUAAUAAGAAGUAUUAGUGCUUUAAGAUGUUUGAAUCGAUUGCUAGCUAGUUUCUUCCUAUGUAUAGAAUGCU